AUGUAUUCUGUCUCUGUGUUGGACAUGGUUUCAAACCUAGGAUUCGUAUUUGGAACAAGUUCAAACAACUCAAAAGAGAGCAGAAGAAUUGCUGUAGGUGAAAUAACUGUUGGAGAAAUGACUUCGUUGGAAAGAGUGGUUAAAGAAUCUAAGAACAAUUAUAAAAAAGUCGUAUCCGCACAGGCAACCGUUGACGGUGUUAAAGUUGAUGGCAUUGACACAAAUUUGGCUGUCAUGAAGGAACUACUUUAUCCUCUAGACGAACUUAGGAAGUCUCUUCAAUCUUUGGCAUAUUGGGAUGAUCCAUUGAAGUCUUCAGGAUUUUGUUUGUUCUUCGGUUACAUUAUCUGGAGGGGUUGGCUUGGCUAUGCAGCAGCACUAUUUCUCGUGUUCCUUUCAAUUUUUAUGAUACUUACCCGAUGUUUUAAUCAAGGUAGGCCUGUAACCGAAAUCAAAGUAGUAGCACCUCCACCAAUGAAUACAAUGGAACAGCUUUUAGCUGUUCAGAAUGCUAUCUCUCAAGCCGAACAGCUCAUACAAGACGGUAACAUAUUUCUUCUCAAGAUCCGCGGCUUGGUAUUCUCUAUUUUUCCUCAGGCCACGGAGAGGAUGGCAUUUGGUCUUCUAACAGCAGCAUUGGUUUUGGCUUUCUUACCCUGUAAAUACGUAGUUCUUCUAUUGUUCUUGGGGAUAUUUACGAUGUAUUCGCCUCCAAGGAAGGCUAGCACGGAGAAAUGGGAGAGAAGGUUGAAGGAAUGGUGGUUCAGCAUACCAGCUGCUCCUGUUAAACUCGAAAGAGAUAAAGAGGACAAGAAAAGAAAGUGA